AUGGGUGUCGGCGGCGUCAUCCUCCGCUUUGCGAAUCUCGCUAUUCGCAUCCUCCAGUUUCUCGAUGCCGCAGUCAUUCUCGGCAUUUUCUCAUACUUUCUCGCCGUUCUCGCUCGGCAUGAUCAGACGAUCCCCCAGUGGAUGAAGGCUGUUGAAGGUCUGUCAGGUGCAGCAACCCUGUAUGGCAUCCUAGGCAUCCUGUUUACCUGCUGCCUCGGCGGAGUGACUUUCUUCGCUGCUAUCGCCGUCAUCCUCGACGUAUGCUUUGUCGGGGCCAUGAUUGCUAUCGCCAUCAUGACUCGCAAAGGCACCCAGAGCUGCUCUGGCAACGUCGACACUCCGUUAGGCUCAGGCGCUAGCAAUGUCGACGACCCUAACACCCACGUGCGGCUCGGCUAUGCCUGCGUGCUGGAGAAGGCUUCCUUUGCUGUCGCUAUUAUCGGAAUCUUCUUCUUCUUGAUCUCCAUCGUCCUCCAAGUCCUCCUCGCCCGCCACCACAAGCGCGAGAAGCGCUUCGGCCCCUCGCCCGCCAACGGGUAUACGUAUGGCACCGGCACCAAGCGUCGGGGCUUCUUCUGGCGUCGCAACAAGAACAACCCGGAAACUGCCAGUGCGGACGAUAUGCUUCCCAACCACCCGACUCCUCGCGAUGUCGAGCUGGGAACCUCGCCGACGGAGAAGACCAGCGGGGCGGGCGAUCUGUUCACGCGCAACAAGCAUACCGCGCCGGAGCCUGCAGCUGCUCCGGGCUACGGCUACGGGAACUCUGCUUAUUCAGCCAAUUACUAG